AUGCAGAGUGUUACUCAACAAUAUUUGCUUCUAACAUCGAUGUUCUUAAGUUCAAAUAGCUUUAUAUCAUCUGAAUUCGAUGCCAAAUGUCAAUUUACUGGACAACAGCAUAAUACAUUUUGGACUGGCGAUAUGCUUUCUGGCACGAUUGAAUAUGCCCAUAGUGAACAUCCAAAGUGGAAUAUAACGGAUAUCACUGCUGAACUGGCCGGUCGAAUUGAAUAUAAAGCGGGCUUUUUGGAUAAAAAAACACGCCGCGGCUAUAAUUUCUUAGACAAACGAUUUAUAUUACGUGUAGCCAGUGAUGCAAAACAUAUUCUUCCAGCAUCCCGGAACUAUAGUUGGCCGUUUGGUUUACGUCUUGACAAAUCCUUACCACCUACAAUUGAAAAGAUUGAUUCCAAUAGCGCAGAAAUUAAGUACUACAUUUAUUUGAAAUUUGAACGGCCCAACUGGUAUAAAAUGAGCAUUGAGAAAUACUGCUCCAUUAAUAUUCGACAUUUGUCGUCGUUGACGAAUCCAAAGAAAAUUGAAGAACAAAAAACUAAUCGAAAAGGUGUACAUCUUCAUGUUACUCUUCAUGAAAACAUAGUCGCUGUUGGAAAAAAUAUUUCAAUGGAGGUUAACCUGCAUAAUCCGAAGAAAAAACCCAUACGUCGUAUAACUGCCACUCUGUUCCAGAUAGUAUCAGGAGGUUGCAUCACAAAAGAACAUGUCGUUCUACAUAAGCAGAAUCUCAAAGAAAUUCGCUCAUUUCGAGGCGAAACAUUUUACCAACAGUUAGAAUUACCUGUACCUCUUAAAGCUGCAUCUACAUGGGCUGCAGAUUCUUCUAAUGGGUUUUUAAAAUGCAAACCACUGGUCGUCAGUCAUAAGAUUCUAGUCGAAGCUCACAUUCGUGGUUUUUACACGAAUAUUCGUCUAGAGUUUCCGCUGACCAUUAUCCACACAAAGGAGACACAAAAGUGA